CCAUGUCUUUCACCAGAAUCCCUGCCCGAUCAAUAACACCGAUACUGAGAGCAUCCUUCUCAUCCUCUUCUUCCCUCGCCGCUCCCAAAGCCAAAGCGGCUAAAGCCAUCUCAUCAUGUCCAGCAGGCACUCCCCUCAGUAACCUCUCCAUUCUGAAAGAUAAGCCCGAUCCCGUGGCUCUUCCCGAUGAUCAGUAUCCGGCAUGGUUAUGGACGCUGUUAGAUGAGCCCGCGGCGCCAUCCCUCGCGAAUGAGACGUCCAAGACUGAGAGCGGAUCAGAAGUCGAUUUGCAGGCACAGAAAAAGGCUUUGAAGGCUUUAAAUAGAGAAAACAUCAAAGCCAGCAACUACCUGAAGUCUACGACGUAGAUGUACAACUAUCAUGACAUGUACCCGCAUUCAAAACGACCCAGAGCGCCUGACCACAGGAGACCAUAUACCAGAACGAACGGCAUCUCCUCUUUCGUCAAUGGUACUCCGUCGACAUUUGCUUUCCAUGCUCACGCGUCCGUGCCGUUCGUAGAGACAUCUGGCUCUGACUUCGCCACACAGACUGUCUCACUUUCAGCAAUGCAAACCCUUCCCAUUAUCGACAUUGACCUCCACUCGCCCUUCCCCAACGCCCCUCGCCUUCACUUCUUGAAAAAGUGGGACUGGAUGGUGUCUUGGUGUCUCUUUCCUCGCUGACGCACGCUGAGGUGAACGAAGAGGUCGUCGGUGUG